AUGCCGCAGAUCAGCCCGGAAUUAGCGGAAACUGCGAAGCGCCUUCACGAGGCGCGGACUAAGGUCUAUAACCUGGCUGCGUGGACUAAAGUCUAUAAUCUAGCAGACGACACCACUCGCUCGCCUUCGCCGCUCUCCUUUCCCCCAGACGUCCCUCCAGCGCCCCACCUAGAGGACUGCACCGCCAAGACCGCUUUACGGGUGAAGGCAGAGGCGACACUGCAUUAUAACUCCUCCCCACCCUUUCCCACCCUUUCCCACCCUCCCCACCCUCCCCACCCCUCCCCAUCCCUUCCUACCCUUCCACAGUCCUGGACCAAAGUUUAUAACCUAGCAGACGACACCACGCGCUCCCCCGCGCCGCUCUCCUUCCCCCCGGACGUCCCUCCGGCGCCCCACCUGGAAGACUGCACCGCCAAGACUGCUCUGAGGGUGAAGGCAGAGGCGAGGGGGCCGCAUGGGGAGGACCCUGAUGCUCACCCCCUCUUCCCCUCCUCACCCCUCCCUCUCUUCCCUUCCCCACUCCCCUUUCUCCUCUUCACCCAACCCCCUCCCGGGAAACCCCAGAUCCGCGGCUCUGACGCGGCCAAUCUCGCGCUGACACGUGUCUUCCAGCGGGACCUGUGGGAGCGGCAGUUCCCCGCCAGCUGUGCCGGGCGGCGGCUGAUGAUUACCGACUGGCCGCCCAAGCACCACGGGACAGGCAGCAUGGGGCAUGUGAUGGGCAGGAGUGCGCAGGUGAGAGGGGGUAGAGUAGGGGGACAGAGUGUUUUAGGAAGGGAAUCAGCACACCAAACACCCCCUAAAGCACCGCCCAAGCACCACCCCCCAAGCACUGAACCACCAAGCAAGCACCACGGGACCGGCAGCAUGGGGCAUGUGAUGGGAUCGUUUCUGAACGCGGCUGUGCGGCACAAUCGAACGCUCGUCAUCCGCCCUCGCACCUUCCACCGCGCCAGCGGGCAGGAGUGCUCAGGUGGGAAGGGGGGGGAAGGUGUGGGUGGGUACAGGACAGGUGGGGAGUAUAAGGAAGGGAAUGGCUACAUUGGGCAGGAGGGCGAGUGGGAGUGCUACUUCUUCCCCGUCGCCUCCCCAGACUGCCUCAAGCUCGCCCUGGCAGCAGAGUCAGCAGCGCCCAUUGCCCUACAUAGGGCAGGAGGGCGAGUGGGAGUGCUACUUCUUCCCCGUCGCCUCCCCAGACUGCCUCAAGCUCGCCCUGGCAGCCAAAGCAGCAGCAGCACCCAUUGCUCUCUUCACCACAGUCCUCCUGUCCCCCCCUUACCCUCCCUAUUUCCACUCCACACGACAGACAUAGGGCAGGAGGGCGAGUGGGAGUGCUACUUCUUCCCCGUCGCCUCCCCAGACUGCCUCAAGCUCGCCCUGGCAGCCAAAGCAGCAGCAGCACCCAUUGCUCUCUUCACCACAGAGGGCGAGUGGGAGUGCUACUUCUUCCCCGUCGCCUCCCCAGACUGCCUCAAGGUCGCACUGGCAGCCGAGGCAGCAGCGCCAAUCGCGCUGUUCAAUGAUACCAAAGAGACGGUGCUGGCAUCGGCUACUCAAGUGGUGAUCUGCAACGACACGCACUACCACCACGACGCUGCUAGGGCUGCCAGGUGGGUGCGAGCGAACCAAGAAGCAGCAGAAGCAGCAGCGCCCAUUGCUCUGUUCAACGAUACCAAGGAGACGGUGCUGGCUUCGGCUACUCAAGUGGUCAUUUGUAACGAUACCCAGAGCUGCCAGAUCUGGAGCAUCCUUUCACAAUCGAGGAAUUUUCUCUUCCCUGCUUCUCUCCACUCCACACCCUCUUUUUCCUCUCCUCCUUGUCAUCCCCUCACUCACUCUUGCAGCCUCUGGGUGGCGCCUGACGGCAGACCGCCCGAGCUGGAGCAUCCCCUCUGGGUGGCGCCUGACGGCAGACCGCCCGAGCUGGAGCAUCCCCUCUGGGUGGCGCCUGACGGCAGACCGCCCGAGCUGGAGCAUCCCCUCUGGGUGGCGCCUGACGGCAGACCGCCCGAGCUGGAGCAUCCCCUCUGGGUGGCGCCUGACGGCAGACCGCCCGAGCUGGAGCAUCCGUUCACCAUCAAGCACACUCGUCCCACACCCUCUCGUCCCUCUCGUCCCUCUCAUCUCCCUCUUCCUUCAAUGUCCCUCUGGGUGGCUCCUGAUGGCAAACCGCCUGAGCUGGAGCAUCCGUUCACGAUCGAGCAGCUGGGGAGAAUCUGGGUGCCCAACGACAACCACAUUGGGGAGCGUUGGUGGCGGUCCCAAACUGCCCGGUUCCUCAUGCGCUGGCCCUCGGCUCUCCUCUGCCACAUCACCAACCGCGUGCGCCACAACACCUACGGGAUGGCUGUAGCAGAGCGGGUUGUAGCCGCUACAGCCAAGCAGCAGUCCAUACUCCACUCCACACCCCCCAACACUCCGGAAUCCCAGCACUUGAACUCUCUCCCAGACGCCUCUUCUGCUGUUCCCCCUUCUGUCGCAUACAAGUCGAGCCUAGCUGGGACUGUAUGGCAGAUGAAGGGAUUUGCGGGGUGUGUGGGAACGAGGUGUAAUGAGUCAGAGGCGUGUGCGGGAGCGGGGAGUGUGAAUGCGGGGGGAGGUGCGGCGGUGGAGUUUUCCUCGUUACAAGAUGAACCGUUUAUAUUCCGGCCGUAUGUCAGCCUGCACGUGCGGCUGAGCGAUAAAUACCUCGAGAUGAAGCUACACUUCUUCGCGACUUAUAUGUAUUUUAUGUAUAAGCUGCGGGCGCACGUGCCGAACCUGGAGCAUGUGUGGCUCAGCACAGAGAUGCAGAGUGCGAUAGAGGAAACUUCUAACUUUCCGGAUUGGACCUUCCACUACACGACGAGCGGGCGAGUGACCAGUGCAACGCAGAUGCAGGAGGAGCAUGUCAACGACAAGCAGCGCACGGGGGAGAUUUUCGCAAAUCUCAUCAUCACAACGCAAGCGGAUUAUUUCGUCGGCGCACUGGCGUCAAAUUGGAACCGUCUCAUCGACGAGCUGAGAUCGACCAAUGGGAGGCUGUACUCGGGGCACGUGGCUCUAAAUGAAGCCUGGACAUGA